AUGACCACAAACAACAGCCUCUCCCCCCAUGGCGGCGCCCUCGUGGAACGCGUCCGUCCCCUGACUGCAUCCACCGCUGCUUCGGUCGCCGGCCUGCCGACAAUCCCCAUUCGCGACCAGAUGGCCACUGAAUGCGUCAACAUCGCCUAUGGCUUCUUUUCACCCCUGACCGGAUUCAUGGGCAGCGCCGAUGUGGAAUCAGUAGCCGCUGCCAUGCGGCUCGGCAACGGCCUCGUCUGGCCCAUACCAAUCGUGCUGGACGUUCCCCACGACGAACUCCGCAGACUGGGCGUGCAGGUCGGGAAUACCGUGCUGCUCACUCACCAGGGCAAUCCGCUGGCCACGCUGGACGUUUCCGAGAUUUUUUCAUCCGAUCUGACCUCCCUGGCGCAGCGCGUUUACGGCACAGCAGACCCGGCUCAUCCCGGCGUGCAACGAACGCUGAACUACGCCGACCGUUUCGUAGCCGGCGACAUCACCCUGGUUUGCGAACCCGUCAUCAAUCCACCCUUCGACCGUUUCUGGCGCACUCCGCGCCAAUUGCGCUCUGAACUUGCCGAUGCGAACUGGCUCAGAGUGGUCGCUCACCAGACCCGCAACGUUCCCCACUCCGGUCACGAAUACCUGAUGAAGGGAGCCUUUAUGGAGGCCCGGGCCGAUGGCGUGCUGGUCAGCGCAGUUAUCGGCGAAAAGAAAGAGGGAGACUACAUCGAUGAAGCCAUCGUGCUAACGCACGAUCACCUGCGCGAAUGUGGCUUCUUCCGAGAUGACAUCCACCGCACCACCGCGCUGAUGUGGGACAUGCGCUAUGCCGGACCCAGGGAAGCUGUGUUCCACGCCCUGGUUCGCAAGAAUCUGGGGUGCACCCAUCACAUGUUUGGGCGAGAUCACGCCGGCGUGGGUGAAUACUACGGCCGUUAUGCUGCUCACGAGAUUUUCAGCGAACUCCCUGAUUUGGGAAUCCAGUCGGUGCUAACUCUGGAAUGGUGGUAUUGCCCGACGUGCGGCGGCGUGGCCUACGAGGGUAUCUGCGGGCACCCUGACACCAAGCAGGAUCUGGCCGGCCGCCUGAUUCGCAGCAUCAUCUCGGGAGGCACCGACCCAGCGCCCCAAACGCUGCGGGCCGAAACUCUUCAAGUCGUGCAGCGUUGCGCCCAACAGUACGGUUUCGGGUCGCCCUUCGUGACGGAGCAGUACCUGAGUCAACGAACUCCCGUAAUGACCAUCCCGGCGCCGCCAUAG